UUUUAUGUUUUUACUGAUUUCAUGUAAAUUUAAAAUAAUCUGAAGUAUAAAAUUUAUAAAGUUAUUUUGAUGCUGUGAUAAAAUCUCUUAAUUUGAAAGCUAUGAAUAUAAUUUAAAAACUUAAUAUUAUCUAACACUGUUUAGUCUAGUUUUAAAUUGUAAAUAUCAUUGUACAGAUAUAACGUAUAUUAAAAAUGGAAAUUGGUCAAAAACGUCGAAGAAAAGAUAUAACAUGUGUAUCUAAACGACAUUUGAGGAGAUUAGCUGCACAAGAGUCAGACAUUGUUUGUAAUAUUUUUGGAUAUGAAAUUCCAUCCCAUGAUAAUGUAAAUGAUAAAUGUACAACAGUUUCCAAUAAUAGCUGUACAGUGAAUUCUGAAAUAAUUACUAUUGAGCAUAAUAGAGAAUGUAAUGAAAUAUUUGUACAAAAUGAUGAUAUGCUCAGACAAUUUGAAGAUAAAUCGAAUUCACAAGAAAGUUUGGUUAACACUUCUUAUUAUGAAUCAAGUAAUGUGGAAUUCGAAAAUGAAAAUAUAACAGAUUUUGAUUUGCAAGAUGUUCUUGCUGUCUGGGCUGUACAGCACCAAAUUACACAUACAGCUUUAACGGCACUGCUACAUAGAUUAAAAAAACAUCCUUGUUUUUCAACAUUAUCAUUGGAUGCACGUUCUGUCUUAAAAACACCAAGACAACAAGAAAUUCGUACAGUAGUACCAGGAUCAUAUUACCAUUUUGGUUUAUUAUAUCCUGUAAAAAACAUAAUAGCUUCCAUAAAGGAGAAUGUUAAUUGCGUUAACAUAGCUGUGAACAUUGAUGGGCUACCGUUAUUUAAGUCAUCUCAGCAACAGUUUUGGCCUAUUUUAGGCUCAGUUCUUCCGUAUAAUAACGUUUUCCUAAUUGGAAUUUACCACGGAAAUGAAAAACCAGCAGACGCUAACGAUUUUUUACAAGAUUUUGUGAAUGAGGCAAAAGAAAUAUGUGAAAAUGGCAUAUAUAUCAACGGUCGAAAUAUAUCUUGUAGAAUUACAGCAUUAAUUUGUGACGCACCAGCCAAAGCAUAUGUUUUAUGCGUUAAAGGGCAUACAGGAUAUUCAAGCUGUACCAAGUGUACUACGGAAGGGGAAUAUAUAGGAAAACGAAUGUGUUUUCCUGAAAUUGAUGCACCACUCAGAUCUGAUAAUGAUUUUGUGCAAAAGAAAGAUGAUGAUUAUCACAAAUCUGAUACAACGUGUAGUUUGUUAAAUAUACCUUAUUUCAAACCAGUUACAAAUGUUCCGUUGGACUGUAUGCAUUUGAUAUUUUUGGGAAUUAUGCGAAAACUAUUGUACCUGUGGCUUUAUGGGGAUCUGCGUUACCGGUUACAAUACAAAGCUGUUGACGAAAUUUCUACACGUCUAGUUACCGAGUUGAAGUGUUACAUACCUGGAGAAUUUGUUAGAAAGCCUAGAAAACUUGAUUGUGUCAAAUUAUGGAAAGCUACGGAAUAUAGAUUAAUAAUGCUAUAUACCGGUCCUUUGGCUUUUAAAUCUAUGUUUAAAAAAGAAAUAUAUUUUCAUUUUAUAACAUUGCACGUGAUCAUAAGAAUCUUGUCUUCAGAAGAGUUACACGAAUAUAUUAACUAUGCGCAAGAUUUGAUUCAUUUUUUUAUAAAAACAUUCAUAAAGCUGUAUGGAAUUGAAAACGUAUCACACAAUGUUCACAACCUUGUUCAUCUCGUUGAUGACGUCAAAAGGUUUGGACCUCUUGAAAACUUCAGUGCAUUUAAGUUUGAAAAUUACUUGCAAAUACUGAAGAGAUAUUUAAGAAAAGCAGAUAAAUCUUUACAACAGGUUGUACGGAGAUGCAUUGAAAAAGAAAAAAACUUAUGUGCAUCGACAGUUUUAUCACAUUCUGUUAUGAAAAAUCCAAAAUUGACAUCAAUACAUUGUGAUGGUCCGCUUGUACCAAAUUGCCGUAGUCCACAAUAUAAAAUUAUUCAAUAUAACGGAAUUACAUUUAAAGCUGGGACAGUUGCAGACAGUUGUUGUGGUCUGAGUUGUGGUGCUAUUGUUUGUAUUAAAAAUGUGGCAUACUGUUCAAAACGCAAUACUCUCGUUAUUAUUGGUCUCGAAUUUUUGAAAAAAGAGAAACUAUUCAGUAUUCCUUGUCCAUCGUCAUUGCUUGGUAUUCACAUUGUACAUACAUAUUCAGAUUUAAAAUCAUGGCCAUUGAAAAAUGUAACUAGAAAAUAUGUACAAUUGCCAUACGGAAAUGAAAAAUAUGCUGUUUUUCCUUUGUUACAUGGAAAAAUAUAAUUUGUGUUCACUUUCUCAGAA